AUGUCUGAAAAGAACGCACUCUUGCGCGCAGAGGAAGAACUGGUCUCCAGCGAGAUAGAUGAGUUUGAUGACAAUGACAUGGAGGAGUCACCACCUACAUACAGUUCAAUCUUCGACGAGACUUUGAUCGAUGCAUCAUCACCGAUACUCGGGGACAAUGAGAAGCCUUCGGCAGCCUUUGAAAACCUUCGGGCAGGGUCGCGCACAUCCGCUGUCUUACAAACAUUGGUGAUUCCAGCACAGGGCCCAAGGGUAAUCAACAUCGAACCAGAGCCGAAGCGAAACCCAUUGCCAGAAGAAGGAACAGAGGAAGAGUUCGAGAAACAUUGUUUUUCAUUGGAUGUUGUGCUGAUGCUUGUGGGUAGUAGAGGACAUGAGCUACAACAGAGAGGCCACCGAAUUCGAGUUGUGACGCAUUCCAUCUUCCAAAGUACUGUCAUGAAGCUUGGAUUGGAAUUUUUCUCUGCAAGCAGUGACCCUGAGCAUCCAAUUGCUGAUUCGGGCCUGAUGCCUGGUUUGGCUAGCCCCAACAAGUCAGAGGUCAAGAAAAAUAGCAAGAUGCUCUUAGAUACCCUAAAAGCGUGUUGGAUCGCCUGUACCCAUCCGGGGCGGUGGAGAGACAGACCUUUCUUAGCUGACGCAGUUAUCGCAACGCCUCUUGCCCACGCCCACAUUCAUUGUGCGGAGCGCCUAUCAAUUCCGCUGCAUAUCAUGUCCACAACCCCGUGGACACCGACGAAAAGCUUCGCACAUCCAUUGGCACAAAUGAAUCUAAAUGACGAGGUCGAUAAGGAUAUUCAGAACUACCUCUCUCACAUCCUGAUCGAAGAAUCUGUCUGGCAUGAAAUUUACUACGUCGUGGAUCAUUUUCGGCGCACGACUUUAGGAUUGUCACAGAUCCUUCUUGAUGAUGGUGCAAGUUUGCUACGAAGGUUCGAUGUUCCUCACACAUAUCUCGUAUCUUCUGCGUUGAUUUCUCGACCAGAAGACUGGAGCAAUCAGAUAGGUAACUGCAAUAUAUGGAGAACAUCACUCCCACCAAUACUAAACUCUUCGCCAGAUAUCUCUGGUUAUGUGACUGUGAAUUCCGAAUUCUCCUAUACACCCCCUGAAGAUCUGGUUCACUUCCUUGAGGAGGCCGUGGCUCCUAUUUACAUCUCAGUACACAUCGAUCUACUCAACAGCCCAGAAAGAUUUGUAUACUUUCUCAAAGAAGCUUCGAACAAAUAUGGGUUCGCCUUCAUUCUACCAAGUCACUUCCAAUCUAUGAGCGAUAUCUCAGAUUCCAAUUUCUUCGUGCUGCAUGAUGUCCCGAUUAAUAAUUUGAAUCUUGCUGAUAGUUCCGUCCAAGACUGGUUGAUACCCAGAGUCGACGUCCUUAUCACACAAGGCGAUGGUGAUAUGGUAUCGAUGGGCCUUCGACAUGGGAAACCAAUGGUCACUUUGCCAGUCAUUCGAGAUCAGCCAUUCUGGGCCAAUGCCAUCUCUCAACUCGGCACCGGGCCGCUGCCUAUUCACGAAAAAGAUCUAUCCGCCGAGGCGAUCACCCAAGCAAUUCGCCACUGUCUGCAACCCGAAACCCGGAAAGUAUCUAGCCAUAUCAAAGAAAGUAUCGAGAAAGAAGGCGGCGUAUCAAAGGCUGUGAACUCAUUUUAUCGUCACUUAAAAUGGCGAGAUAUGCAAUGCGACAUUAUCCAGACAUCACCGGCGGUAUAUUACAUCGAGAAGGAAGGGCCCGUCAAACUUUCAGCUUCGGUAGCCACAGUGCUCGUACAAUCCAACGCGACGCCCUUCAAAUUUGGCUUAAUUGGAGGUAAAAACAGGUUCAAGCGAAGAUCUUACGAAGCUGAAUAUGCCCCGACCGAAGUCGCUCCCAAGGUUGUACAGUCUGAAUACACUGCGAAAUCUGUGGGCAAGAACUUGGUCAAAGCUAUUAUCAAGCCCACUGUCAGCCAUAUUGCCGAUGCGUAUAAUGAGCUAGAAGCCAGAGAUGACUCCGAUACAACCAGCAUGAGCAAGUCCAAGGGAAUAUCGAAGAAGGGACUAGCUGUGGGCGUUGCUAAAAAUGCUGGAUUUGUGUCCGCGGUGUUUCUGGGGAAGGUUGCCGUAUUGCCCUUUAAAACCGUCUACUACAUGGGAGAAACUGCGUCGCAUGGGGUGAAAAGCUUACAGGGAUCGAGCCGGUCAGAAAAGGAGAAACGCCCAACUGAUAAAAUCGAUCCUUCAAUGGCGUCAGAGCUCGAAGCAGAGACCUCCAUAGACAAACGACGAACUGAAACCAUUCGAAGUCUGCACUUUGAGAAAGGGAGGAGAGACGAAAGGCUUCGAGAUCCCGAAUUUCACAAGGUCGUUCUGUCGAAAUUCGAAGAUAUCUGCAAGACCAAUCUGACCAGCAAGUUCCGCGGCUGA